GUGCGGUAGUUUUUACUCUCUUGCUCGUGGUGUCUCGUAGCUGUUAAAACAACAAUUUGUAUAUUAAAAUAUAUCUCUUUAUCGUCCUCUGUAUAUAUACAUGAUGAAGAGAUACCUCUUGCUUCUGUUGGCUUCGGUAAUAGUCCUGACAAACGCCACCGAAAAAUAUACUGUGAAAUACGACAAUAUAAACGUAGACUCGAUCCUUCAAAAUAAUCGAGUCCUCACCAAUUACAUUCGUUGCAUGCUGGAUGAAGGACCUUGCACAUCCGAAGGUCGCGAAUUAAGAAAAACGUUGCCGGAUGCUCUGUCAACAAAUUGCAGCAAGUGUAAUGACAAACAAAAGUCCACAUCAGAAAAAGUAAUAAAUCAUCUCAGAACAAAACGACCCCGGGAUUGGGACAAACUCGUUGCUAAAUAUGAUCCACAGAACGAAUAUAAAAAACGCUACGAAAAGUUGUAAUUCUUUUUAUAAAUAUUUUAAUAUACUUGCUAUAUAUACACAUAAA